AUGUUGACAACAACAGAUGAAGAUGGCAGUCUUCGAUCACGUCCAAUGGCAUAUAAACCGUGUGAUAGUGAUACAAAAAAUGAACUAUGGUUCAUCACACGGAAAGAUUCACCAAAAGUAUCUGAAAUUAAAAAACAUACACAGGUUAAUGUAUCAUUUAGUAAUCCAAAUAAUGUAGCUUUUGUAAGUAUACGUGGUCAUGCUGAAGUUGUUCAAGAUAAAGACAAAGCUAAAGAAUUAUGGAAUCCAUAUUUAAAAGCUUGGUUUCCACAAGAACUUGAUGAUCCUAAUUUAGGCUUACUAAGAGUAAUCAUAGAUGGAGCUGAAUAUUGGGAUUCAGCAUCAUCAUUUGUGGUCCGUGUUGUUGGCUAUGUUAAAGCUGCGUUUGGUAAUGCAUCAACACUUGAAGGCGAUAAUAAAAAAGUCAAUUUUUCAUAA